UAACCGUUUCCUUUUCUUGGUCACGUAAAUUUCCCUCCAUCAUUAUUUUUUUCCAUGUUCAAAAAAAGAAAGAAAGAACAUGGCGAUUAAAGAAAUAAGGAUGGAUUUGAGUAACAGUUUUGCUUCGCAUCCACGCCCAAAAAAGAAAUCACUUUAACCAUAACCUCUCGUUCCCUCGAUCACAUAAAUACUAUCCAUUGCUAUUUGAAAUGGGAGGUGGAGGAGAGUUUGAUGAAAGAAAAUGAUGGAUUAGGGUGAAUAAUGGGGACCCCACAUUCUGAUCAAUCAUCUUCUUCAAUAAAUUCUCUCCCUCUGCACCUUUUUCUCAUCUUUUUAUUUUCUACUAGCGUUUCUUGUGUCUUUGGUUUUUAGAUUUUAAACAGGUCUGGGUAGCUUGUUGGGUGCACCUAAUUGUGGUUCUAUCUCAACUAACCAGAUCUGUAUCUCAUAACUUCUUGUUGUUUUUAAAGCUUAAAGCUCGUUUCUUUCGUGUUUCUACUCACCGGAUUUCAGAUCUUUAGAGAGAUAUGGGUCUCUGUAUCUAGCCUUUCUUAUCCUGCUCUGGUAAUAGUUUUUUUUUUUUUUUCAAGUUUAUAUUCUUAUUGGGAUCUCCAUGUGUCAGAGGCCCGUAUCAGAUCUGAAUACCCCACCACCUUCAUUAGUUCUCCUCUUAGGUUCAUCUAAUACAACCCCCAUUUCCUCUUUUUUUGAUUGACAGCUGUUUAAGCUGUCUGUACUAACUAGCAUAUUGUGGUGCACUGGUGUUCGUAAAGGAGAUAAGAGUUGAGGAUUCCACAGUUUCAUUUUGGAUUCUUGAAUUGGUUUAUGCGACAAUUGACAUCUCACACAAGUGAAAAAGUCUGUUCUUUGGGGUGUUUAUAGAUACAAGAAAGCUUUCAUUUUUUAUCUAAUUUAGACUUUUAUGAAGGAGGAGGCCCACUGGUGGGUUUGGUGGGCUUUCUCUAUACCAAUAAAACCCCAUUUUAUGAAAGAAAAGAUUAUUCCUUUUUAGAAGAUCCUACUUUGUUAAUAUCAAUCUUGUUUUGUUUUUUUAAUGCGAGUGUUGUUGUUGGAGGAGGAGGAAGGAGAAGAGAAGACACAAAUGGGUUUCCUUUAAUUUCCCCUCUCUCUAUUUUAUUUACCAUUGCUUUUUUCCCAUUAUUGGUUCUUCUAUUGAUCUUCCACUACUUUAUCUAACAAUUUAUGCCAAACUUGAGUUUGACCCGCAAUACAAUACCUUUUAUCUCUAAUGCUACUUUACUUCUUCAUCACUUGUUUCUCCUUCAUCCUAUUUUUAAAGCCCCUCCCUCUCAAGCCUUUGCUUCCAUGGGCAAGUGAAAUAAGAUUGCUGUCAGUCUGGUUCUUGAAGGACUUGUUUCUCUUCUCUUAUUUAGGUUCAUUGAGGAAUACCCUUUUGGAAGUUUUUUAUAUCAAUAUAAUUCCUUUAAAAACAUCAAUUAAGAAGAUGAGUCUAAGUUCAAGUGCAAGAGCAGAAAAAAGCGCUCUUGAUGAUGAGACUGGAGGGAUGUCUGUUUUGGACUUGCCUGAAUUGGCCUUGGAAUGUGUUCUUGAGAGGUUACCUCCUGCUGGGCUCUGCAGCAUGGCAGGGGUCUGUACUUCUUUGAGGGAAAGGUGUGUGAGUGAUCAUUUAUGGGAAAAGCAUAUGAAGCAUAAAUGGGGCAGGGUUAUUGGCCCUGCUGCUUAUAGGGAGUGGCAAUGGCAUUUAGCUUCGAGAAAGGAUCUCGGGAGUUGCAAACAAGGCAAGCCAAAAGGGUUGAUGAGGCUUCUGUCUAUUUUUUGGCCUUCUUCAUGGAGUACACCCAAGGUCGAUCCCGUUAACAAUAGCAGGCAGAGGAGUUCUUUGCCUGUUCAUUCAAUCAUGUCCUGGUACCUUGCUCUUGAGACUGGCAAGUUCUGGUUCCCUGCUCAAGUCUUUAACCGUGAGAACGGGCACGUUGGAUUCAUGUUAUCAUGCUAUGACGCUGAACUUAACUAUGAUCCCCGGACGGAUACAUUUCAAGCGAGGUACCCACCACAUGGAAGGAGAGCAAUUUCCAUAGAGAGCGGUGUGCCAUGGGAAAGGCUUAGAGCGCCAUCUGUUGAUACCUCUCCACAUGAUCUACAUAUCUCUGAUUGCUUGCAUGAUUUACUCCCUGGCGAUCACAUUGAGAUUCAGUGGAGAAGAAACAAAGAAUUUCCUUAUGGUUGGUGGUAUGGCGUUGUAGGUCACUUGGAAUCAUGUGAUGGAAAUGAAAAUUAUUGUCGGUGUCAUAAUAGCGACACUGUAGUGUUGGAGUUCCACCAGUACACUCCUGGCUCACGGUGGAGAAGCACUACGGUCAACAGGAAGGAGCAUCGGGAGGAGGGGAAUGAGGCAGAUGGAUUUUAUGGAGGGAUUAGAAAGCUAUAUAAGAAUGAAGAAAUUUCCAGGUGGAAGAGGCUUUGGCCGACUGAAGUGUUGGAAUAGGCAUAUUUAUUUGCAACACGAAAGUUCCACGACAGACUACACGAGUUUAAAAUAUAGAAGCCUACAUUUUAUCCAAAAAUGAAUUUCUUCCUUGCUAAAACCGUAAUAUAAAAGAAGAAAAUAGGACUUAUAAUUUAGCUCCAUGAAUGCGGUUGCCAUUAUCCAUCGUGUUUCUAGUCUCUCCAUGCUUUUUUCGAGGUGGCCAUUUCAUGUGAUCCUGCAAAUUAUGUAAACAUUUACGAAGUGGUAUAUAAAAAUUUCAAUCAAAGCUCUCAUAAGCUCAAUAUUAGAGCUCGAA